AUGCUCUUCCCGUCCCAGAAGGCCUUCUGCUUCCGCCUCCCGGACCUCGACAAGAGCGAAAAGGAUCUCUUCCCACCGGAGCAGAUCCACCCUGUUUUCCAGAAGCAGAUGGGAGACUUUCGGGACUACGUUCUGAGCAGAGAGCCCAAGGCGGGCAUCAGCGGGGAAGUCUUGUGCUCCAGGCUGCAACGCUUCGUGGGCGCUUUGUCCCGGGACCGGGCCAUCCUUCUGAAUGAAACCUUCCAAAGGGCAUGGUGGGGAGGCUGGCUCUCAUUUGGACGGGAUUGGCACCAGAGCUGUGUGUCUCCCCCCCCCCCUUGCCCAGUGCUGGCGUCCCUGGCGGAGAGCUACGUGGGAGCCAUUCGCAACAAGGAGGUGCCCUGCAUCGAGAACGCGGUCCUGGCCCUGGCACAGUUGGAGAACGUGGCCGCUGUGCGCGAGGCGGUGCAGCGGUACGACGAGAUGGAGGAGCUGAUGCGCCCGAUGCUGCCCACAGAGGAUGUGGCGAGUCUGCUGGUGGCCCAUAGCUGUUGCGAGGAGGAGGCCCUCCGGGUCUUCAUGGGCCGGGCCUUCAGGGAUGAGGGCCAGCACUUUCAGAAGCAGCUGGCGGAUCAGCUGCAGGGGAAGCUAGGGGAGCUCUGCCGGCGGAACGAGGGGGCCUCUCUGGACCGCUGCCAGGCCAUCCUGAUGGAGCUGUACCAGGAGGUGGAGGACAACGUUGUGCGCGGGCACUACCUGCAGCCGGGGGGCUACCAGCGAUUCCUGAGUGACCGGCAGAGCGUGGUGGAGUGGUUCCACCAGGCGGAGGACAAGGGGCUCAUGGCUGCCAAGGCCCUGCAGGACUUCCUGGCCUCCAAGGAGGAGACAGCGCAGUCCAUCCUGCAGGCGGAUCAGACCCUCCAGGAGAAAGAGAAGGAGCUGGAAGUGGAGAAGGCCCGGGCGGAGGCCGCGCAGAGGGAGGCGCAGCUGCAGAGGGAGAUGCAAGAACGGGCCGAGCAAAUGGCCCGGGAGAAGGAGAGGAGCUUUGAGGAGCACAAGAAGCAGCUGAUGGCCAAGAUGGAGCAGGAGAGGAGGACCCUCCUGGCCGAGCAGGAGCGGCUGCUGCACCAGAGGCUCCAGGAGCAGACCCGCCUCCAGCAGGAGGGCUUCCACAGGGAGGUCUCCCGAAUGCAGGGUGAGAUCCAAGGCCUGAGGCACCAGAUCCAGGAUCUGAGGAGCUGUAGCGGCGGAGGCGGGAUCUGCACCAUCUUGUGAGGAUCCAUCCAGGGCAGCCAGCAGACCGCCUUGACCUCGCUCCAGGCUCCUCUCGGACUUGGCGCCAACUUCUCUUUUAAGCCGCUGCUUUUAUCAGUGCCAACCAGACCUGUGUGUGCCAAGUAUUUAUUAUAUUGCUUGAAAGGCUUGUUGUCAUGAUAAACUGCUUUAAAGCGGGA